AGGCGGUAUAAUAUGCCAACAUUCUCCCGGCUAAUGUGACGGACAAUCAGCGCUAAUCCUCCCGCUCAGUUAGCACUGUGCUUUCCCCUGGGCCGACACUCCAUUGCAACCAUCCAGCUGUCACUGGCAACGCGUAUACGCCGCAGGCGACAAGUAUAGUUUUUUCUCCUGGUGUGCCUUGUGUUCUCGGUCAGUCAAGGAUUUAGUGUGGAUGGUGAAAAAAUGGCGACAAAAUGUGUGUGUUUCAUGACCGGGGUGUUGCUGCUGGAAGUGUGCGUGGUAAAGAUGCUGAAUGCGCAACAGUACUACGGCUAUCCCGAGUCACUGUACGGGGCGUACGGGAUGCGGGCCCGGCGUGAACAGGUACCGUAUCGGACACGCGAGGACGUGGACCGGCUGAGUGAGAUUCUGCUGAAUAAUGCAUCCGAUGAGGAGCGACCGCGUUAUAAAGAUAUCGCGCGGCUUCUGCGUGUGGGACGCUCCGUGGACGCGAUGACUAAUAACCGAUUAAAGCGCGCUGUCGAUGCGGCACAGCAGCAGCCGCUCUCCGCGCGUGACGCCAUCAUCGCCCCGCUUCCCUUCAUCCAUCAGCGCGCUGUACGCGGGGCCGCCAUGUAUCCUGACAGUUUCUCCAACCGCAACGACGCCCUCAACCGUGACAUGCUGCGUUUCAGCGAUGGAAGAUAAAAUACGCAAGAGAAUUAUCCUUCUCGGCAGGCAGCGCAAAACAGGCACUUUAUUGCACAGACGUUAUUAUUGUACAGAUGGCGUUGGAGGCCGUUUGUUGGCGAUACUUGGCAUACAGAUUAUGUACACUAUAAUAAUUAUAUCGCAGAAUGUGUAAUAUUUACACUACGCGCUAUUUUACUUUGCAUCAAAAUAGUAUUUAAACGUGUUCUGAGUUCCUGUUUAAAUGACCUCCUGUUAUUUGAUUGACGUUUCUGGUGCAGUCCUCAUUAUAAAAGCAAUAUGGUGAAAAAAUACGGGAG